GUGCAUCGGUUGGAACGACUUUGACAACUUCAAACAUCGGCUAUUUGAGUAGGCCGAUGGUUCUUCCACCGCCUCCAGAUCAUGAUGCAUCCAGCCCGGCUGAUGAUGCUUGGUCAUGGAAGUCAGUCCCUGCCUACGGCUCUGCUUGCGUCACUCCGGCAGGAACGAUGAUGGACACGACACCGAUACACACCGAGGUCUCGGAGGCCAGCGUGAGCUGGCGACCUGUGACAUCCAACGUCUUGCCGCCGCUGCCGCCUAUGUCCUGUGAGUUGAGAUUCUGGCUCGAGGCCAUGGAGGCUGCGCAGAAGGCAGACUUACUGCAGGAUCCU